AUGAACGACUCCGACAAUCGUUCGGCUGCUCAGCUAUUCAACGAUCCUGCAUUUUCCGACGUGAAAAUCAAACACGUAUACAACGGUAAAGUCCGCGAGUACUUUGCGCACAGAGCUGUGCUCUGCCUGGAGUCUCGCUACUUCCUCAAAAUGUUCAAGGGCAGCUUCAAGGUCAGAAAAUACAAGCGAAAGCUAGAACGCUACCUGACUCUCAUACAGGAAGCUGGAACUCAGGUGAUCGAGCUCCACGACGAUGAUCCAGACCAUUUCGAGUUCCUCCUCAAGUACAUCUACACUUACCAAUACGACACGGAUACGAUCAUCAAGCUCGCAAUGGACGACCCAGAGAGGCGCGUCACGAUUCCCAUCAGUGUCUAUGCUGUGGCUGACAAAUACGACGUGCCCAGAAUUUACGACCCUAUCACUGCGGACGUACGUUCCCAAUUGAACAUUGAUGCUUUCGAGCUCCUCGAAGCUGCUAUCAGCACCCACUACGCCUCCGUAGCAAGCGUCGGUGGUCCCUUGGGGAAGUUGUUUGCAUCCAUUCUCCUUGAAGGCCAGCGCAAGUUCACAGACACUCCAGCAUACCGGGAGCUGGUAUUUUCCAACCCUGUCUUCGGAGCGGACAUGGCGUUGGCAUUAGCGCAUGAUAUGGUCAAUUCAAAAUGCCCUAGCUGCAUGGUCAGCUCUGUUGUUCGCUCAGACGUUUAUCUGAAGAAGCCGAAUGCGACCGUGCGUUGUCAGACAUGUACCUAUCAGGUUUCGGUUCGUCAGAAAACAUUGCACUGUCCUUGA